CCAUUAUUAAUCAUAUAUGGCCUCUUUGACAAGAACCUUGACAGGUAGAUCAUUGGAAGAAUGUUGGUUGUGUUUCUUCUCUGAAUGUUAGCUGAAGAGGAAAAGAAAAGCAAAAAGGAGAUACUACCAAUUAAUUAUUUUGGAAAAAUAGUUAGAGAAGAAAGAAAGUGUCUUCUUUAUUUUUAUUUUUCAUGCAUGCAUGCAUGAAUAGGUAAAGGAAGAAAAAGAAGGACAAAUUAAGCCAGACGGAUCAGAAAUUAUUUAUGAACAAAUGCAAAGAAGGCAACUUAAGCCAGAGGGAUCAUAAUUUCUUCGUGAACAAAGGCGAAGAAGGACAAAUUAAACCAGAGGGGUCGGAAUUGUUUUUGUGAACAAAGCCAAAGAAGGACAAAUUAAGCCAGAGAAAUAUUGGAAAUUUCUUCUUUGUGAACAAAGAGAAAACAUAAUUAUGGGAUCUUCAAGUAGAAAGAGGGAUUUUUUUGAAGAUUUUGCAAUAAUAGGAGGAUUAAUAGGGGUACAAUUCAUGUAUGCAGGAAAUUCAGUUGUUUCUAGUUAUCUUAUGUUGUUAGGUUUCAAGCCUUCAUCUCUCAUAAUCUUGUCUUCAUUGGCCACUUUUCUCAUCCUUUGUCCCUUUUCCUUCAUGUUUGAAAGGAUUCAAUGGCCCAGGCAAAUGAGUUUGAAGUUAUUGAUUCAACUAUUUCUUAUUUCAUUUGGAGGGGUUACAUUAUUCCAAUCUUUGUUCAUGAAGGGAAUCAAACUUACUUCACCUGCAAUGGCAACAGCUAUGCCAAAUCUUGCACCAGGACUCAUCUUUCUCAUUGCUUGGGCAUUUGGAUUAGAGAAAGUGGAGCUAAGAUGCAAAUACAGCAGAGCUAAAAUUGCAGGGACAUUAUUGUGUGUUACGGGGGCUAUAUUGAUGAGCCUAAUGCAAGAUAGCACAAAAUCCCAAAAAGAUUUACCAUCUUCACAUCCUGAUCACAAGGACAACUUGUUUGACUCAGAGAAGAUCAAAGGUUCAUUGUACCUCAUGGCAGCUAUUGUCGUGUUAUCGAGCAAUAUCGUCUUACAGGCAGCAACACUCGGAAAUUUUCCGGCACCAAUCUCAUUGUGUGCUAUAACUUCACUUAUAGGCAUGGUAUUGACUGGAUUUGUACAAUUUAUUCAACAAGGUUCCUUGGAGAUUGGAUUGCCCCUCUUAAGUAUCCGCGAUUUAGUUGGCUACUCAGUAUUGGCAGGUAUUGUUAGUGGAGCAUGUGUGAGUUUCAAUAAUUGGGCAAUGAAGAAAAGAGGGCCAGUGUUAGUAUCUGUAUUUAGUCCUGUUGGAACUGUGUUGACUGUGGUUCUUUCUGCUGUCACAUUAAGGGACACAAUAACAAUUGGAAGCCUUGCUGGUAUGUUUCUGAUGUUUACGGGUCUAUAUUUCGUGCUAUGGGCUAAAAGGAAAGAAGGAUUUCUAAAUAAUAAUAUGUCCAACUCUUCAUCAGAAAUAGCAUGACGGAAUAUAGCUGACUCUAACAUAUUUGGGAUUGAGGCGUAGUUAUUUUUGCAGUAGCAUGAAGGAAUAUGAGAAUCAACAUGAUGUUGCUCUAUAUCUGGUUCUAAAGCCCCUAUUCACUUGACCAUAGUUUUAUUUUUAUUCACUUUUGGAAGCAGAAAAUGGUAGAUUUUGAUCACAUAUGCAAAUGAUCUUUUUGUAAAAACUUAUA